AUGGAUGCUGGAACAGCUUCUUUUGCCAAGAAUCCAUCUACCAGGGCUCAGCUGCGAAAUCAACUUUUGAGUGAUGACACGGGGAACAUUAAUGUGGCCGAUGAUACACGACCAGCCGGUCCACGGAAUGCUGGUCCGGCACCAGGGUUCCCACCGGGCAAUUUUGGAAGACCUCCAUACCAACAGCAAAACUAUUAUGUCCCACAGGAACAGCAUCCUAUGCAAUAUGAACAGAACCAGAUGUAUGGAAAUGGACCUUAUAAUACGAGAAGAACGCCAGGUCCAAAUUUCGCACCUCAAGACCAACGGGCGUCUUCUAUGACCUCUCAGUCGUUUGCAGGCCCCGGAAAAAAGUCUUUGCAGUCCAAUGGGAUUUCCAACUUAUUCAGACUGCGCCAAAACCGCUCGAAAGACUCGGAAAAUGACAACGAAGAAGAAACCUUCAUAACAGACGCAGAUAACUCACUGCUGACUUUCAAUGAUAUUUCGUCGAUGCGUAACAAUGGAGGCCACAAGUACGGGAUGGGUGCCGGUAUGGAUGAUACGUCGCCUAUCAUCCCAACGUUAAUGACAAAAAGCCACGACAAAAUGAAUAACAUUGAGUAUAGAAAGCUAAUGGCUGCUCAAAAGAAGAUGAACUACAAUACGAUCUCAAAACAACACAAACAAGCUACACAAGGCUCAAACAACGAUCCUCGGGCCAUGUCCCUGCAGCAUUCUCAAAAUCCGUAUGUGCCACAACAACAGUUUUAUGGCAAUCAAAUGCCACCAUACGCACAUGCCAACUCCAUUACCUCAGGGGCCCCUCAAAUAGCACCUUAUGGACGUGCCAAUUCCAUGAUGUCAGGUCCACCACCUCAAAUGUCAUCUUACGGCCGUGCUAAUUCAAUGAUGUCAGGCCCACCACCUCAAAUGUCACCUUAUGGCCGUGCUAAUUCCAUGAUGUCAGGUCCAUCACCACAGGCUCGAGUUCUGAACUCUCAGCUACAUGUACCACGUCCAGCCAACAACGGACCCAGAGCCAUGUCACUUAAUACAGCUGCAGGAAGAAGACCCAUGCCACAGAUGCAUCCUUCGUCACGACCACAAGUCGGUGCAUUCUUACCACGUCCUCAAGACACUCCAGGCCCGUCUGUUCAUGACCAAUAUGCACAAGCGCCAGGAACUACGGAAAGCAAUUAUACACCACAAGCCAGCCAACGAUUCAGGACUUCUUUCAAUGCUUUAGAAGAGACUCAGCAGGAUGAUUUUGGCAUAGGUGAAGAACCUGCUUCCAAGGAUUACGAAACUCCUGCGUCUUCAUCUUCUGCUAUUAGCAGUCAAAGCUUCCCCUCGUACCGUGUUCGGAGUCAAACGCCUGAAUCCCAGGCUGAAACCAGAAAGGAUACAUCGGAUAUUCAUCGUGGCACUGACUUAGAACAGCAAGUGCAAAGAAAAAGCACACCCAGCACCGGAAAGCUAAACAUUAUAAAAUUAUCGGCUCCUCAACAAAAGGAGCUUUUGGACAGAGAUAAAAAUGUGCAUAGCUCGGAAAUGGAGGUCGGAAAUGGCGGUUUGAUGGACAUGGUCUCCAAAGAAGGCAAAAAUACAGGCCACAAACUCGAGGAGUCGCCAAGAUUCAGAUCCUUAGAAGUCAAGCUUGUUCCCCAGCAUGCUGAUAUGACUGCUGGGAAUCGCAGAAGAUCGCAAAUCCAGUCCAUGGCCACGAUGGAAUCGGCUAUGAGUAACGAUUCUCCAUUGAAGAAACGCAGUCAGAAUGAUUUAUAUAUGCUUGACAACGCUACGGAUGCUAAUGCGUAUGUCACGGCACCCGAGUUGAUCGAAAGAGAUGAUGAAGAGAGCGACCAAAAUCCUUCGCAAGUUACGAUCACAAAAAGAGUGAAUUCUACGAGGAGUAUCAGUUCUCAAGGGUCCCAGUCUUUGAACACAACGUCCGAGCGAAAAGAGACCGGGUUCAGUAGAACUCGUAACCUUUUAAGAAGGUUUUCGUCCAGAAGUAACAAGGGUGAUGGGCCAGAAAAGCAUUCCCGACAAUCAAGUACCGGUAGUCUUGUGGAAAGGGCCCAAAGCUCUGACACUGAGCGGGAUGGACCUUCAGAAGGUAAGGUAUGGGGUUCAAGAUCGAGCAACCCUAAGAGAAAGUCGUUUCACUCCCUCUUUUCGAAUUCUUCGGGCGGCACGAACAUGGGAGAGCGUGUGAAAUCGUAUGGUUCUCUGGCCAACAUAGAGGAGAAGAAAAUCGAGGAGAAAUCACCAGUGGCCUAUGCCCAAGGCAGCAGGCGAAGCAGCCACGGGUAUCAAGGCGACUCUACUCUUAAUGCCGAUGACACCAGGAGGGACGAAAAUGCCUUUCAACCUCUUAAGGGGCAAUACCUGGACUCUUCUCUAGUUCAGAACGAGGACAAUGACGAUGACGAAUUCAAUUUCGACAACACUGUAUCGGAACCUUACAAGCCAAUUUACGCGUCAAAGGACGAAUUGGAAUCAGGGCCAGAUGCCCGCGACAAGCACAAGUUCAAAACUAUCUUCAUAUCGAGUGAUCAAAUGGGUUUGCUGACCGAGCAAUCUACGUUGAUGAAGGAAAUCGACCUUCUGUCCCAAGAGCUGGCAGAAUCAGUGGCACGCGAAGCCAACUUGGAACAGGAAAUUGCGGGCAAGAACAGCGACACGGACAACGCAAGGAUGUCGCUAUCAUUUAAAGAUUUCGAAAUCGAACUAAGGAAAAAAUCUUCCAAGGUCGUAGAACUGAUACAGCAACUAAAUGAUGAGCGGCUCAGACGCUACAUAGCUGAAGAACAAGUGAUGCUGCAAGAAAACGGUGCAAAGCCCAGCAGCAGCGAUUUGGUUUACAAGAUUCAUUCCUUGACGCAAAUUGUUGAAAGAAAGGAUCAAGAAAUUGCUGCACUGACCGAACGACUUGCAAAACAGUCCGCAUAG